AUGGAAGAUAGAGAUUUACUUAUCGCAUCAAUUCAUUCUGAAAAAUUCAGAAAAUCAUUCGCUAAUAAAUAUUGCAAUGAAGAAUCCACAUUUCUGGACGAUGAAUUUUUACACCCCUUUAAGGGAUACCAACAACAUGUAGAUUUAGUGCCUGAAAAUGAAGUUACACUGGACUUUUUAAAGCCAAAAUAUAACACUGAUAAGGAUACUAAUAACGAUUAUUCCUGGCAUGAAAUGCCUGAUAAAGAAGCAUCAGAGCAAGAUAUUAGGGAAUGGACAGCAAUACAGCUUCGUAGUUUCGCCGAAAAGGAUAGAUUCUACAAAUCAGCUCAUGGUAAACUUCAACGAUUACCUAAAAAAUUUCAAGUUGGUGUUAUUGGUGGGUCACGUAAACCAAAAUCAUUUUUAUCCCAUUUAGUAAGGAAGAAGAUUGGUAAAUAA